AAGUGUAAUGUAAAGUGACGACAAUUUGUACGAUGAUAAGAUGUGUCUCGAAAGAUAAUGAAUAACUUUUGCUGAAAUAAAGGAUUAAUUUUAUGCAUCUUCUCAUAAUGUCAUCAUCUCAUCUUUCGGCAGAUCUUUGUUUCAAUCACAAUGAUUUUAUCCAGGAUUCCUUUUCGGUUGAUCAAUUUCUUCAAGAUCACCGCAAAAAAGCUAAUCUGGAGAUGAUGAGAGAUGAUCUUGGAAUUUAUUUAAAAAUUUUACGGUCAUCUAUGAUAGAACUGAUUAAUCAAGACUAUGCAGAUUUUGUGAAUCUCUCCAGCAACUUAAUUGCCUUGGAUAAAAGCAUUUCAACAAUUCAAGAACCGUUGGAAACACUGAGCAGCAAAAUUUUGGAAACCAAGUUUGUUCUGGACAAGACCAUAGAGGAUAUUGAGGCGCUUGUUGGGAAGAAGAAGUGUUUAGCUGCCAAGAAGGAGAGUUUGAGAAACUUUUCAAAAAUGCAAAAUGCAGCUUAUAAACUUGAAAAGUUACUUAACAUUGAAAAUCUUAGCACUAUACUUUUAACUAGAGCAGCAACAGAAUACAGUUGGUUGAAUUGUUAUAGCAAAAAGUGUCAAUCGCAUAUCACCAAAGAUUUUCAACAGCUGCAGGAUAAAAUUAGUGAUUCCCUAUUAUCGCAUUUGAAUAGACUGUUCUUAGAAGCAUUUAAAAAUGGUGAAUCACAACUGGAUGUCCUGAAAAUCUCUUUGAAUUUAUUUGUUACUUUGGGAAAAUCAGAUGUUGUGGAAAAUCUAAUUCGGACACAGAUUGUAUCUCCAGCGAUGGAUAAAUUGAUCAGUGAAGAUUCGCUCCUGAGUGAUCCAUGUGGUUUGGAGGGUUUAUAUUCUCGUGUUGUGGCCUUUAUAGACAAUGAUCUAAAAUAUAUUCUUCAAUUAACAAGGCCAACAAAAGAUCCACCAAUUAUCAAAGGAUUUAAUAUCAUGUGCAAUAGUGUGUGGCCAGAAGUAGAUCAGUGUCUAGAAUUGAGGCUGAAGACAAUAUAUGCACCUGGUAAUCCUGAUGUUUUUCAUCAGCGUUAUUCAGAAACCAUGCAUUUUCUGAAUGAAUUGGAGCAUAGAUGUGGAAAUGAAGGUACGGUGAAAGCUUUAAGAUCCCAAAGUCAAUAUCAGGCAUUUCUUCAAAAGUGGAAUCUGUCUGUGUAUUUCCAGCUCCGUUUUCAACAAAUUGCAACCCAGUUAGAAAAUCUGUUGAUAGAUAGAGAAAAGUACACCACCAUCAUUUCAACCUCUAGGUCUCCACACCUUACAGUCACUAAUACUGUCUGGCUCUGCAUCAAUCAAUGUUGGGCUCCAAACAUCUUCAUCAUGGAAUUAGCUCACAGAUUUUGGAAACUGAGUCUUCAAAUCAUCUCUCGUUUUUGUUCUUGGAUAACUAGUGCCUUGAAAGAAACUGCCUUGCCAUCAGCUUCUCUUUCAAAUUCUCAGUUCCAAUCGUAUCUCUAUUCCGAUUGUGAAUUUCUCAUUUCAAGCUUACCAGAGCUCCAAGAUUUGGCCAAAUUAAAACUUGUUGAUCAAACCUCCGAAGAAGUUUUAAUUUUAAUAAACUCCAGCAUUGCAGACACAGAGGAUUUGCUAAAAGCUUGUUUAGUACAGAUUUCUAAGUCUGUGAUUGAAGAAAUAGCUGAGUUGAGUUUGCCACAUGUUCGUUCUGUGAGUGAUACACCUCGUCUAUUUCGACGGACAAAUCGUGAAAAUCCAAAAUCACCGUGCUCUUAUGUCAACGCUAUUCUUGGACCACCUACAACUUUUCUCAGAGAUUACCCGCAUCAUGCUCAACUUUGGCUGGCUAAAAUUUUAUCCCUCAUUACAGUUCAGUAUUUUAAGCAAGUUGAGGAUGUCCUUAAAUCUGUCCAAAAAACUGAGGAAAGCUUGCGCAGACUGAAACAAAUUCGAGAGCGUACAACUGGAGAAAGCCGAAGCAGUGGUGGUGACGAUGAAAAAAUUCGUCAACAAUUACUAAUCGAUGUCACGGCUUACUGCAAAGCGAUUGAACAGUUGGGUUUGAAGACAACGGAUGUUGAAAAACUACCUGAGCUCUUAAAUAUGGUCACAAUCGAGGUCAAACCGAGUAAAUGACUCAAGCAACUGUAGCACCACUUGACUUUGGUUCCGAAUAUUAAGAAUAAAAGAGCUGCCAAUAACAAUUACCUCUA